AUGCGCUCGUUAAGUCUUCUUUAUCUAUUUGCUGUACUUCAACUAUGCCAGGCCUUCGUCUCGCCCGACAUAUACUCCCUGACGGGACCUGUAGGUGCGAGUGCAGAUCUAGGAGAGGACAGUCAGUCGCCUACUGUACCUUCUGAAUCAAGACACACAGCUGGAGCGAACUCUGGGUUGAAUAUCUUCCUACCCGACUAUGAAGCAGACCCCAACUGGCUACCUCUUACGCUAUCUCUCAAGACCGUCGGUUUACAAGUAAAGGUCAUCCAAUCCCUGAACAUUUCUUCGCAAUGCCAGAAUUUGCUUGUCUACACGUCUCCAAGCGUGAGCUACAGCCCAAGCGCUGCGGAUGUCACAACCUUGACUUCUUUUGUGGCAAGCGGUGGUAGAUUGAUCUUCAUGAACCAGAUUCCCGACGCUCUUCAAGCUCUUGCAGGGGUGUCGGCGUCUACUGUAGACACGAGCGGUUCGAGAUCCGUCCUGCAGUUGACGGAUACCGAGACGCCUGUGCAGGCCCUCCAAGGGUUCGACUUUACAGAAUUCUAUGACGUAAACAUGCCGUUUUAUGAUAACUACACGGAGAGUGGUCUUAUCAAUGUUGGCUACACGCCUGUCAGCGGUUCCCAAACACUUGGCAGAUAUCUGGUUCGGAACAACGGUGUGGACAGUGUAGAUACAUCUGCUGCAAGCGCGGCAAUUGUCAAGCAUCAACCCUCGGGCGCGAGUGGGUACGUGUACAGCUUCGGGAUGGAUCUCGGGUAUCUGUUCAUCCAGGCUCAGAAUGAGGGCGGUGGAUACUCGCCAUGGUACGAUGGACAUUACUACCCCGGGUAUGAUAUCGGCACGCGCGUCAUCAAAAACAUCGUCACUACCAGUCCUCAUUUUGUGAGCCUGUGGACGGUCCCAUACAACAAGGGGCUCGCAUUCACCACUACCUGGGACAUCGACACCUACGUCUCAUAUCCGCACGGCCAGGGUAUGGCGGCCGCCGCACAAGACAGAGGUGCCGCGGGUAACUUGAACCUCCACACCAAAUACAUCACCGAUGCUUAUGAGAACGCAUACUUCCAGUAUGGCGUUCCAUACAUCUACCAGAUCUCAGGGCUCCGAGUGGCUCCCGAUGGGUACCCAUACAUCGACUUUGGUAGUCACACUGUCAGUCAUUCACCGAGCGCGGCCGAGUUUUCCUAUGGCACUCUCCAGGAACAAUUCAUCCAAGGGAGCAAUGCAGGGUACGCACCGUAUAUCCACCAAUGCGGACCCAACGCUGACGGGACACCCCCCGAUGGCGAUAAAUGCGUUAUGGGAGGUACCAGCGGACUCUCAUUCUACACAUCAGGUGCUUCUGCGUCGGGAGAGGUCCGUGUGAGUGCCUAUUUGAUUAGACACAUACUCCAUGAUGAAUUCAAAACCAACUACAACAUGACGACCUAUCGUCCGGGAAACCUGGCGUGGAGCAAGUACCAAGCCUCGCAUUGCGUGGCGAACGGAAUCAUCGGAGGCUCUUCAUGCUCAGGCAAUUCUCACCUCACCCACCUUCCGUUCCAAGUCACGCAUAACCGCGAGUCAUUCCAGGAGCUCCCAUACUACGAAUUUCCACUCCAAUGGUCUGACGGUGACGGAAACAUGAGCAGUGCCGACUUUCCAGGUUCGGACUUCUCAAAUCAAAUCAUUGAUAUCAAGAAAAUGGCACGGUAUGGCGGUCACUAUAACAUACUGAUUCACCCUUCAGACGCGGUGCUCGACAAGAUUCAGAUCCAGCGCGCGCUUCACGACACGGUGCGUCCUUUCGCAGUCUUUUUCAACCAGACAGGAAUAGCCAACUGGUGGACCAACCGGGACCGCGCCGUUGUGGACAUCACAGCGGCAGAUGACUCAUCUGCGACGAUGACGGUCCGUUUAGACGGCACUACGGAAGGGCUCACUCUGCAGGUGCCUCGAAACUAUGCCAUACAGUCUGCCACAGGCUCCCUCUCCGUCUGCCAGCAACUUUCGUACGAUGGGACGACAAAUGCAGUGGUACUGCGAAACACGGCAAAGGGACUCUACACGCUUACUUUCAACGUCGGCUCAAGCGACGCAUCCGCUUCCACGUGCCCCGACUUCACGCCACAACCGAUCGGAGACUCCGAAUGCAUAGCGUGGGACGUCAUGAUCGACGACUUUCUGGAACUUUACUUCGGCAACAACAACGUCAACCUACUUCUCCUGAAAACAGUUGCAACUGGACUUGCCUCCAACAAUGUGGAUGGCACUUUGCAGCUCACCGCAACCACGAACAGCGGCGUCAACUCGUACUACACCGAGGUCUCGCGAUUCUGCUUCGACGCUACGCUUUACACGCAUCUAUACUUUGACAUGGUCGCCCCCCCAGGGUCCACCUUUUACGUGCAACUCGUCUCUUACGAUUCCGGGUGCAAUGUUGAAGAGCCAAGUGCCACGUACUUGGACGUAACGAAAUAUGCAGCUGCCGAUGGCUUGAACCAUACCAUCACCAUACCGUUACAGGAUUUCCAGGGGCAGGAUCUGCUUCACGUUCGCGGCAUUCGUAUUGGCAACAUUUCGCCAGCUCAGACACCUAUCUACAUCGACAACAUCAAGAUGCAGAAGCGAUGUGUGACAGCCCCAGGAGAAGAUCGUACUCAAGGCCUUGCAAUUGAGUCAUUCCAGAACGUUGAUCGAUGGAUCGAUGGAAUCAACAACAUAUUUGGCCAGACUGACUACAACAAUUCUAUGACUUUUGCAAAGCUCUCGGAGCUGGGCAGAAUGCAGUUGUUGCCUUCGAGCGCAGACUCGUACUUUUAUUCCGACACUGCUAUCAACGGAGUCAACUUGAACGCCACCGACUACACUGCAGUCUCUCUUAACGCACGUGGUCCCUCCGGUGGCUCUUUCGAUGUGGUCGUGACCUCGGGUGCUGAUACUACUUCCACCGUCAACACUGGAUCUUACGCCACCUUAAGCCAGGACAACUUCGCAAACAUCACAAUCCCCCUUUCAGCAUUCUCAGGACUCGACACAGACUCCGUCAGCCGCAUUACACUGCGUAACUUUACACCCAAUGGUGGUGCUGCAGCCAGUAACUUCACAGUGCGAUGGAUCUCCCUUCUGGGCGGAUCUUCCUCAGAUGGUUCCAGUUCGCGCUGCGCGACCGCCUCUGGCUAUGUCGUGCUAGACUUCUGCGAUCCGACUGAGUUCAAAACGCAGACCAAUGCCCUGGGUGCUCCUUUCUCAGAUGACAACACGAUGAAAUCCUACAAGCAGAUUGCCAGUGGGUCCAUCGACCUCGUCCCUAACGAUGCAACAUCUUACUUCUACUCGUCGCUUGCACAGCCUUCCGGCUGCGCAGCGGUGAACAGUUCUUAUGACGCGAUCGCCCUUACUGUUUCAGGCCCACAAGGCGCAACCGCGGAUGUUGGGUUCAAAUAUGGUAGUGGGAACUGCAACACUGACGUAGUCACGUCUUACAUUCCGGUCACCUUCAAUGCCGCGUCGACACAGAUCACAAUUCCUUUCUCUCGCUUUCCAGCUACCUUCGACCAAAACUACCUCCAGUCAUUUGUCAUGACCAACUUCAGUUCUCCCGGCUCAACUUACCGUAUUCACUCCUUGGUCUUCGUAGGACCGGCCGAUAGCCCUGGUUGCGGGCUCUGCUCAGGCACCAUCCUGAAUACUUGCACAUUCGUAUCAGAAAUCCCGCGGACGAACCGACUCAUUGGUCAGAUGACUGAUGAGGAAUCUCUUGCAUCAUACUCCGUCAGUAGCGAUGGCUCACUCAGCAUGGGUGCCAGCAGCGGUGCGUACUGGUACUCUCAAUUUGGUUCUAGCACAUGCUACGAUGCAAACUUGGUGAACGCGACUGGACUUCAACUCUCCAUCGCAGCACCCGCAGACACCACUUUCCAGGUCUCAAUGCGCUGGCAGACGGAUGAUGAGUGUAAUGAGACAUCGCCUCCAUCCUCCAUCGCCAUCACUUCAUACGUGAAAUUUACCGACGCCACUUCGUACCAAAUCGCAGAGAUUCCCUUCUCCGAUUUCCCUGGUAUGAACUCGAGCAGGCUCAACAGCGUCGCAUUAUCGGCUUUCAGUCCCUCCGACGUGAAUGUCAAGGUUGGCUGCAUCAGUUUGAUAUCUAUCGCUGAUACGCCCUCGACUCAGACGUGCACCUGCCCUGAUAACGCGUGGUUAAAUUACUGCACUUCAGGAACCGUGAACCGCAAUGCGAACGGCAAUGUGCAGAGUGACGAAGGAACCAUGGAGAUUGCACCAGUCAUCAAGGAUGGUGCUUUGGUUCUGCAGCCUGCUCUCUCUGGAUCUUACUGGUACUCGCUCCAGAACUGUGCGGACGUUUCCGCGUCUGAGUUCCUUUAUCUCAACGUCACGGCGAAGGCGGGUGCGAGUUUCAACGUGCAGCUGCAGAGUGGCGGAAGCGACUGUGCUGACUCUCCGCUAAUCCAGCGAGCCAGCGUGGCAAGCACUGCUUACGGUAGCAUGAACGGUAGUCCUGUUGUUCUGCGUAUUCCGCUUUCGGCCUACACGUCGAUGAAAAACAGCGCUUUCUCUCUGGCCGCUAUCAAUGCGGUUGUUUUGGAAGGGUUCGGCGCCGAGACUUCCACGUAUCUUAUUCAUUGUGCGUACUUUAGUAACGGUACGGCGAGCAGUACAGCUACAGCUGCAUAG